CGUCACCGUCCGCCGCAGCUGCAGUCAAUCUGGUCGCAGCCUCCGUUCAACAUGGGUGAGGAAAAAACUCCCGUGACUCUGAAGACGAUCCUCAUAGGAAACUCCGGGGUGGGAAAAUCGUCCGUCAUGAACAGAUAUGUGGAUAACCGCUUCACCAACAUGUACAGAGCCACUAUAGGGACGGACUUUUUCUCCAAAGCAGUCAGGAUCAAUGGGAACACGGUGACCCUGCAGAUCUGGGACACAGCGGGCACAGAGAGGUUCCAGUCUCUGGGCACGCCUCUGUACAGAGGGAGCCAGUGCUGCAUGCUGGUGUUUGACGUCACGUCCUCGACCAGCUUCAGCGCCUUGGAGAUGUGGAGGAAGGAGUUCCUGUUCCAGGGAGAGCCUCAGGAUCCGGAAGACUUUCCCUUCGUUGUCCUGGGCAACAAGACGGACCUGAGCAACCGGGAGGUGUCUCGCAGAAAGGCAAUGCGGUGGUGUGAAGAAAUCGGGGCGGAGUACUUUGAAGGAAGCGCCAAAGAGGACCUGGACAUGGAGAAGCCAUUUUUAAGAGCCGCAGAGCUCGGCCUCCAGCAGUACAAAAAACACACAUUGGAAAAUACAGGACAUUUCCAGAUAACCUGCGAACAGCCGAGAGAAACUCGCAACACCUGCGAGUGCUGAUAAGAGAGCACUCGUCCCGGCGCGGGAAGGAAAGUUCGGAGACCUCGGCACUGCUGAUGAUGACCUAUCUAACAAGGGUGCAAAAAUAAGUGACCCGGCAAAGGUACUGUGGAAGGAAAGGACACAAUUGUAUACCACAUGGAGAGAGGAACAAACUCAUUAAAUGUUUUUUUUUUUUGUUUCCAUUUUUUUUUUCUUUUUUUUUUGAGAACCUUCAGCUUUAUGGUCUAACUUAAGGCAUCACUACUAAAAUACACUGCUUUUUUUUUUUGCAUGCAUGUCUAGUUUCGUUUAACAGACACACCGACACGCACAAAAAUUAUGAAUGCAUAUGAAGAGAAAGUUUCUAGAAAGAAAUCAGGAGAAAAUCCCAACCUGAAGCCACGGCGGCAAGCGGAGAGGCCCUGACUUUGACGUUCGGAGCCUUUUUGUUUAUUUUUAUUCUUUUAAAUUACCGUCACAAACUGGAUCUGCCCUUUUACACAGAAGAUCUCCACUCAUGCCCCCCAGCCAGACCAAUCCCCCCUGUACACGUUUGGAUUGAUGGACCUAGUAGGAUUUCACUCCCUACAGUGAAUCAGCGGCAAAAAAAAAAAAAAA